GUAUCAGAAAAGGUUGGAAGAAUCAGUUCAUUUUUCGAAACUCCAAGGGGAAGUUCGAGUGCAGCAUUUGCCACGCCGCCUACAAAAGGAAAGACACGGUGAUCGGACACAUGAAAUGUCACACCGGCGAAACUCUGUGCACCAUCUGCAAUAAAAACUACUCGAAUAAACAAAAUCUCCAAAUGCACCAGUAUCUCGUGCACAAAAUGAAGGUGCCAUAGCAUGAGGCACCUCAGAAUGUUGACAUCCAACAUUCUGUUUUCGGCUCGUGAAUGCUCUGUCUAUAAAAUAGACAAAGCCUUUAACUUAAUCAAACUUAACAUUGUUGCAAUUAACAAGGUGUAAAUUCUAAAAAUAAAUAAGUUGACUCGGCGUUAUUCUGCAUAACAUAGCGCGAAGCAAAAAGCAUAGGCGAACAUGCUGAAACGAAAAUAUUAAAACUAUUAAAAACCCAAUGAGUGAUAUCAAAAGAACGGCAAAAAACACCUCAGAAAUAAUAAAAUGAUUCAACACCCUUACAUUGUAAAUAAGUUGAUAACAGCGACAGUGCCAAAUUUUUUCAAUAUAUUUAGUAUGCAAGACUCUCCUUCAAGAAAUGAGCAGCGGAAAUUUGUGUGUAAUCUUUGCGGCGCCAGGUACAAAAACAGGCAUCACUUGGUAUCUCACGCCAAAGCCCACACAGGAGAAACCUUCUGCACCAUCUGCCAUAAAAACUACUCGAACAAACAUAACUACCAAAUGCACCUUUUGAUGGUUCAUAAAUUACGGCAGUCGUAAUCACAAAUCAAAAUUAAGCGAAUCAACAAAUGUGCCACUGAAAAUGUAUUCGUUUUAUUUAUAUCUGUCCUCUUUUAACUACUUUAAUACUCAUAAAUAUGUUUUUUUUUUUUUUCAUAUUAUAGUACGUAAGUUCAAGUGUAAUUUAUACAUUUUGUUUGAAGUGCAGUGAAAACUGCAGUAGCUACUUUUUUGUUAUUAUUAACUCUCUGUAAGUACUUAUAAAACAAUUAUUUUGUUAUUUACUUUUAAAAGUAAUUAUUCCUUAAACAUACACAAUACAUUCUCACUGAAAGGUCA